AUGCCUCGAGGUCAGAAAAGUAAGCUCCAUGCCCGUAAAAAACGCAGCCAGGCCCGAAGUAAUGCCCAAGGUGGUGAGAAUGCUAAGGAAACAGCAGCAAUGGUAAAAGAGUCUACUCCAACCUCUAAGACUAUGUCCAGGGCUAAGUCACGUAGCACUCCAAAAGUGUCCCAGAAAAAAACAUCAGCUUCUGUUGUACCAGCUCAUACAGUAUUGUCUACUACCUCUAUUGAUACUAGUGUUUCUGUGGCACAAAUUACAGCUCCUAAUGAUGAUACCAUGUCUACAACACCAUCUAUUGGCUCUACUGAUGUAGAUCCAACUCUGUCUCCAGCUUCUACUACUGAGGCUGCUUUGGCAGCAUCAUCUACUGGCAAUUCUGAUCCAGAUAUUUCUGCUUCACAAGCUAUUAGCACUUGUAUGGGUGCUUUCAAAGGGCCGUCUGCUGUCUCUACUGAUGAGGCUGUUUCUUCAGCACCAUCUACCUUGCCCGAUGAUGAUGUUUCUGUAGCACUGUCUACUGCUGCUAUUGCUGUGGGUAUGUCUAGCACCAGGCCAUUUAAAGGUGCCAAAUUCCAACGAAAGUUAAAGAAGGGUGCUAUUCAGAAAGAUGUCACCAAUGAGUUUUCACACCUUGAUCUUAUGUCCAGAGAGGUUCGGUUUCUAGAGCAGUUCAUACUCUACAGGUUUAAUCUGAAGCGGCUUACUACCAAGGAAGACAUGAUCAGGAUCACCAGCCAGAAGUAUAAAAAGGACUUUGAGGAGAUCUUCAGGAAAGCCUGUGAGCAUCUCUCCGCCGUCUUUGCAGUUGAAGUAAGAGAAGUGAGUCCUGAAACAUACAAUCUUGUGACCAAACUGAAACUCCCCAACAAUGGGAGAGUUCGUUCUGGCAGGGGCUACCCCAAGGCUGGUUUUGUGAUGAAUGUCCUGGCUAUGAUAUUCUUGAAGGGCAACUGUGCCACUGAGGAAGAAAUCUGGAAAUUCCUGAAGUUGAUGCGUGUAUAUCCUGGGAAGAAGCACUACAUAUUUGGAGAGCCCAAGAAGCUCAUCACUCAAGAUUUGGUGAGGCUGAAGUACCUGGAGUACCGGCAGGUGUCCAACAGUGAUCCUCCACGCUAUGAGUUCCUGUGGGGUCCUCAAGCCUUCGCUGAAACCAGCAAAAUGGAAGUCCUGCAAUUUUUGGCUAAUGUCAAUGAAACUUCACCUAGUUUCUUUGCCUCCCUUUAUGAAGAAGCUUUGGAAGAGGAAAAGGAGCGAGCCCUGAAACUACAGGGAGUCAAACCUGGCGCCACUGGCAUAGUUCAUGUAUUUCCUAAGGCUGCUCAGGGUGUUCAUCCAGUUGAAUCUAAAUCUUUAAAGUUAUCCAGGGGAAAAAGUAAAACAUCAAAGUAG